CGUGACCUGCGCAACAAGUAGCCGCAGCGACAUCGUCACCUACCUUGUCCUGCUUCCGUUUCCGGGAGCCUCGCUUGUGUUUUUGCUAUUUGCCCGCGAUGGGCGAGGCAGUCAAGCCAUUGCCGCUGGAGUGAUCAGUCGGUGUAUUAAAUGUAACCUUAACCCGCAUUAAACAGUUACCCUACUAUGCGAGUCUUCCUGCGUUCAGCCCAAGCCUCACAUCUGGCGCAGUCGACCCCGAACCUCUGCCAAGCCAUUCAGCCACGGCAGCGCAAGAACGACGGUCAGUACGCCUCUUCAGCCGCAUUCGUCAUUGUAGUCGCGCCCUCACGCCGCCGAAGACUCACGCCUGAAGAUACUUCUGCCAUUUUACCGCUCGUCUGUGUUCACUCCGCAUCAGAAGAAAAGCACGGCCGUCAGAUGAAGAGUGCCGUGAAUGUUCACAACCAGCCCGGAACUAACUUGAAUCCCGCGCACAACCUGUGGCUUAGCGCUCACUCGCCUAUAGUCUCCCGUGCGCCCAGCCUCACUUUGCGGUGCGUCAUGCCAGGAAUUAUUUGGGAGGAGCUUGACUCAACGACCAUGUCGCGGCUCGGAGUCGACCUUAUCCGCGAUGAAUUGGCCCGACGCGAGUUAGAGAGCACCGGCUCUAAGGAAGAGCUCAUUCAGCGCCUCGAAGCCGACAUUCACCAACGUCGUGAAGCAACGCCACGGUCAAGCGUGGAGAGGGCGGGUACCGCCGGCAACUCAGGCUUGACCCUUGAUACCGCGACGCUCGAAAGUCUGGCACUUCUGUUUCAACAGCUGCCACGCCCCUCGACUACAGUUACCACACUGCCAGACCUGUCGUCAUCGAUUGCGUACUUCGAUCAGUCUCCAGCACAAAAUGUUAAUGUCUGGCUCAAUGACGUCCGCCGGGUGCAGCAGCUUGCCGCAUGGGACGACGCCACCACCCGUCUCAUUGCCGCAAGUAAACUGAAAGGCACAGCUCGUAAUUGGCACCUCGCUUUUGGAAAUCACCAUUCAACCUGGGAAACAUGGAGCGCCGCCCUGAAGGAAACAUUUUCAUCGGAGCUGACCCUCAUCGAAUGGCAGGAACGCGUCAUAAAGAUCAGACAGGGCCCAGGUGAGAGCCUACAAGACUACGCUUACGCAAAGCUGCGUGUGGUUGAAAGCUGCCCCGUCACCCUUACCGACGCCCAGAAGAUUGAUUACCUACUACAAGGUCUUCAAGAACCACAUGUCAUUGCGGCCAUCGCGGCUAAUAGGCCGUUAACAGUGCGUGACUUCAUGUCCACGUGCACAAGCCUAGACAAGUGCACUCAACGUGCCCAUGACAGGGCAAGCGUAAAACAGCCGCUGCUUCCACAGAAGCCACCCCCUCGUUCAUUUCAAAGUGGCAAUUCAGGACGUCAGCAAUAUAACUAUCAGCCACCAGCUCCGCCAACAGCUACAACAGCACAGCCAAGACAGCGCAUUUCCGAGUUGCCUAAGGAACAACAGGAACGAAGAUACGAAGCCAUUUCUGCGCAGUAUGGGGCCCCAGCAUUCCGGAGCGGCCAAGACAUCGCACAAGCAACUUGUUACAAGUGCAAAGAGUUAGGGCAUUUGGCGUCGGCAUGUCCCUCGCGUAGCAACAGGGCACCACCGUCAACCAUCCCUGAUGCCCAGCAGCCACGGGCCUUUCACAGUAUGCCUGAAAAACUUGAAGGCUCCCAACAUCAAUGUCCAUUUUUCACGGCGGCUAUUGCAGGAGUCGGAGAACAUGAAGCAUAUCCGGACUCUGGCUCGAACGUGACAUUGAUUUCUAAAGCCAUCCUACCUUCCGCAAUGAUCUUGCCAUGGACUAAUUUCCCUCUUGCCGUUGUUGGAGGUGGUACAGCGCUACCAGUUGGGUCCGCCCUCCUUAAGAUAACUAUUGGCCCUAUCACUGGUGUGGUUGAGGCAGCAGUUUUGGAUAACAACGUCCUACCCCUUAUUCUGGGUGAAGACUGGUUUUUAGCAGCACGAGCUCGCUUGAUCUUCCAGCCACCAGAGCCCACUCAGCUACAACAUCCAGCCACGGGUGUAACGCUUCUAGCCACUCAGCGUCUGGUCCCGCGAAUGGCCAAUGCCGUCAUUUUAGCCCGCUCAGAACUUUUUGCGCCGGCAGAAGCAGCAUCACAAGACUGUCUACAACGAGAACCCUUACCUUCGCCAGAAGAGCCUCCCUGGCAAGUUUUGGUGGCGAAGACAGUGCCGCUGGAAAGCAGCACUGCCACACUACAAGUCUGCACUACGGUGCCCGUGACCAUCCACCCCGAACUUCCACCAGCCAGCCUAGGCAGCCAGCUCUCCCCUGAACAGCAAACUGUCAUUGCUGACAUACUGGCCAAGAACAAUGCCGUCUUUUCUCGCCAUGAAGAUGACAUUGGUCAUUUUACUGACACUCAACAUCGCAUUGAUUUGCUGCCCAAUACCGUGCCGUACAGCCGCAGCCCUUACAGAUAUACGCUAGAAGACAGGCAAUUCCUCGAAAGGCAAAUUAAAAAGCUUCUUGCUCAAAAUAUCAUCCUCCCUGCAUCUGGCCCGUGGGCAUUCCCAGUCGUUGUGGUGUCUCGCAGUGGAAAGAAACGCUUGUGUGUGAAUUACAUUCCACUUAAUGAACGUACAAUCAAGGUUGUGCACCCCCUACCUCUGGUGGAUGACAUCAUCCAGGACAUCGCUGGCUGCGCCUACUUCGCCACAAUGGACAUUAAGUGCGCCUACUGGCAAGUCAGCUUGAGACCCCAGGACUAUGAGAAAACCGCAUUCAUCACCCACCACGGAACUUACAUGUGGACCCGAAUGCCAUUCGGAUUAAAGAAUGCGCCGUCCACAUUUCAGCGAGCCAUGCAACUGGUAUUCCAAGACCUUCAGCCUCGCCCGGAUAAAUGCGGCAUACGAGUAUAUCUCGAUGACAUCCUUAUCUAUGCAGAGUCAUUCGCCACAUUUGCAGACUUGAUGGAAGAGGCCCUCCAGUUGCUGCAUACCAGUGGACUUAAGGCCUCACUUGAGAAAUGUUCCUUCGGUCUCGCUUGCAUCAAAUUUCUUGGGUUCAUCAUUUCAAGCGAAGGCCAUCGCCCGGAUCCAGAAAGAGCAGCUGCCAUGUACCGUAUCGCAACUCCCCGAAACCAAAAGGAAGUCCUUUCCUGGAUACAGACAGCCAGCUUUUACCGUCGAUUCAUCAAGGGCUUCGCUAAAGUGGUAGCCCCUCUUCAAGCCCUUGUCAAGUCGUCCACAUUUCUGUGGUCCCCAGAAUGCGAAAGUGCCUUCCAAGCUAUUCGCUCAGCCCUUACAAAGCCACCGCUACUUGCUCAUUUCAAUCAAUAUGCAGCAACAACAGUAACCACUGAUGCUUCUGGUGAAGCCAUAGGAGCAGUGUUGUCACAAUUUCAGGAUUGCAAAGAACGUGUUAUUGCCUAUGCUAGCCGAUCCCUGACGCUAGACGAACGCAAGCUUCACAGUAACGUGUGGGAAGGCAUCGCAGUACAUUGGGCAAUAACAGUGAAAUUUCGUCAGUAUCUAAUCGGAAUGAAGUUCGUCCUAGUUACAGAUAACUGGACUGUUGCUUGCUUGACGAAGUGUGUGAAACCAUCUCGCAGAUUUACUUCCAUGCUCAUGGACUUGGUUGAAUUUGACUUCUCGGUCAGACAUUUGCCUGGACGGCAGAAUGUUGUAGCUGACCAUUUGUCUAGACUUUCGUGUGCAGUCACACACUCCGCUCAAGCGCUGGUUACCGCUCAAGAAAAAGACCCCGAAUGCAGUGCAAUUCUUCAAAGCCUUGCUAACGGAGAUGCCCCGGCCGAGUUCAACCUAAUCGACAACGUGCUAUACCAUCGGACACCUUCAGGAACAUAUGCUGUUGUAGCGCCAUCGUCAUUGCGUCCCGCCAUUCUCCAGGCACUACAUGAUGGUGCAGGUCACUUCGACGUCAAGCGGACUUUACACAAAGUGCAAGACCGCUACUGGUGGCCAGAUAUGGAAAAGGCAGUCAAGAGCUACGUGUCAUCCUGCCAAUGCUGCCAGCAGUAUAACCGUCCAACCUCAAGAAGUGUUGGUUUUCUUGGCAAAAUGCCAACUUCAGAUGUUCCAUUCUCGAGCAUUGCUAUCGACCACAUAACUAUGCCUCCCAGCAACUCAUCACGGUACAUACUGAACGUGAUUGAUUUUGCAACUCGCUUUAUUGCUCCAGGAGCCGUUCCGUCAACCUCGGCACGCGAAGUUAUUCAGACUUUGCAUAGAGUAUUUUAUUGCUAUGGUGCACCUGACCACUGUCUCUCAGACCAUGGGUCGGCCUUUGAGUCGACAGAGUUCAAGCGGUUCAUGCAUUUACAUAACGUUGAGCUACACUAUUCAACAGCCUACCGACCUGAAGGGAAUGGCCUCGUUGAACGAAGCAAUGGAACAUUACUUACAGUAUUAAGGAAAAUAUGUGCUUUGGAACCUUUAUCUUGGCCUGCGAAGCUCCAUGAAGCAGCCUUUGCGGUCAACACUUCAGUGAAUUCGAGCACCGGCUUUUCGCCAUUCCAGUUACUCUUCAGCUACGUGCCUAAGGUUCCUCUCCAGCAACAACGGUCGCUCCAACAAACCGGCCUUGUUGAGCGCGUCCUUGAUGUAACAGCGCAACGUUCAGAGGCAUCUGCCAAUUCCGAAGCAGCUCAAGCCUCCCGCAAACGUCACUAUGACAGUACCCAUCGCUCUCAUAUCUUCACAGUAGGUGACCUAGUAUGGAUCAAACGUCAAGCGCCAGCGCCCCACGAGAAAAUGGCACCGCGCUUUAGAGGGCUCUACCGUCUCACUGAGCAGUUGACUGCAUCCACAUUUAAGGCUUUGCGUGUGUCAGGAAUGACAGCUCGCCUGCUUAACCAGCCAAGAACUGUGCAUGUUUCACAAAUUAAGUUGUAUGUACCUCCGUCAUCUCCUGUGGCACAUCUUUCGUCCAGCCUUGAAGGGGAAACAUCCGCCACUACAGUCCCUGAUGAUGAAACUGCCAUACACCAAACACAGCCUCAGCGCCAACAGCGUGUGCGCCACCUUCCCCGUCACUUGCGAGACUUCGUGCUUGAGUGA